GAAGCAGGCAAGCUGUUCGGCGAGUCGCCACUCGUAGCCAAGAUUCCUCAGACGCCUCGCGACGCUCUCAGUCGUCGGAACCUCAAAGAUGGGUGAUUUCGAGACCUCAGUCAGUGACAGCGACCUAGAUGACGACGAAGACUGUACUGAGACAGCAACUUACGGCCGUGUUGGUGGUUCGGGAGGGUCGAGCAGCGGUGGAGCGACCAAGAGCAUUCCACGAGAGCCGAGACCAACUGCUGUGAGAUUUGCCCCAAGACAGCCGCCUGUGGGCCAACGAGAUUCAGAGACCAACCACCGUCGGUCGCCGACCAUACCUCCGGCCCCACGCAUACCGGCUGUGCACCCGUCCCCAAGCCUACGAACGCCGAAGACCACACCAGUUCCCCAGCCGGAACUACCUUCCACACCAAUGGUUACCCGACCACCACCGCUGCAACCACUGACGCCAAACCGAGGAGCACCAGCACCGCGAGCCACGAAACCGAAGACUACCCCGCCGCCACUGAAACCAUCGACGCCGAAGGCCACCCGAGGCGCACCAACGCCAGAAACGACGAAACCGAAAAUUGCCCCAACGCCACCACUGCAACCAUCGACGCCAAAGGCCACCCGACGAGUGCCUACGCCGCAAACCACGAAACCGAAGACUACCUCACCGCCCCUGAAACCAUCGACGCCGAAGGCCACCCGAGGCGCACCAACGCCGCAAACUACGAAACCGAAGAUUGCCCCAGCGCCACCACUGCAACCAUCGACGCCAAAGGCCACCCGACGAGCGCCUAUGCCGCAAACCACGAAACCGAAGACUACCUCACCGCCACUGAAACCAUCGACGCCGAAGGCCACCCGAGGCGCACCAACGCCGCAAACGACGAAACCAAAGAUUGCCCCAACGCCACCACUGCAACCAUCGACGCCAAAGGCCACCCGACGAGCGCCUACGCCGCAAACCACGAAACCGAAGACUACCUCACCGCCCCUGAAACCAUCGACGCCGAAGGCCACCGGAGGCGCACCAACGUCGCAAACGACGAAACCGAAGAUUGCCCCAACGCCACCACUGCAACCAUCGACGCCAAAGGCCACCCGACGAGCGCCUACGCCACAAACUACGAAACCGAAGACUACCUCACCGCCACUGAAACCAUCGACGCCGAAGGCCACCCGAGGCGCACCAAUGCCGCAAACGACGAAACCGAAGAUUGCCCCACCGCAACCAUCGACGCCAAAAGUCACCCAAGGAGCACCAACGCCGCAAGCCACGAAACCGAAGAUUGGCCCACCGCCACCACAGAAAGCAUCGACACCAAAGGCCACCCGAAAAGCACCAACUCCGCAGACCAGGAAAGCGAAGGUUACCCGACCGCCACCAUCGCCAACAUUGACGCAAACGGCCACCCAAACAGCACCAACGCCACAAACCAGGAAACCGACAAUUACCGCACCUCCACCGCUGCCGCGACCGACGCCAAAGCCAACAACUACUACGUUGUCAUCUGUCGAUGAACGACCACCGACACUCGAAUCUGUGAUCUGCACCGUGGACGCCGAACGUACGGUGGAUGUGCCACCGGACGGGGUCUGCCAGUUCAUAUUCUACGAGUCGCUGAGGGAGCCCUUCGCCGAUAUGGGUCGACCGACCCCGGGACCGUUCAAGACUUUUAAGAGGUUCGCGGCCGCGGCAAAGCAGACGCAGUUUGGCGUCUCGAUAUAUGCCUUAAAAAUCUACACACCUCAUGUUGUGGCGUUCCUGGGGCAUAUAUCUUUUAAAGAAGACGAGAUAAAAACUGUAGUGCCCAAUUUCGUAUGCAUAAUAGUGCCGCCAAGUAUCCACGAAAUUCCACCAAGUGGCAAGGCUAAGUUGGCCUAUGGGCACACCUAUAUCCAUAUUAUUUCGCCGACGAUGUGGGAACGCCCUACGGGGCCACACCAUACACGGCCACACCUUAUGGGACUGCAUCACAAUGGCGUGCAUCCUCUCAAUCACGCUGGAACCAAGAAACAGAACUAA